AUGGCGGCCGCGGGCUUGGUCGCCGUGGCCGCGGCUGCAGAAUACUCUUGCCCAGGAGCGUCGGGAGGUAACCUCUCGGCUGUUAAUUGCGGCCCAAAUUCCGGGGCAGGCCCUGGUCCUGGCCCGGGCUCGUGGAGCCGCUCCCUCGACCGAGCGCUGGAGGAGGCGGCGGUAACCGGGGUGCUGAGCCUGAGCGGCCGGAAACUGAGGGAGUUUCCCCGGGGAGCGGCCAACCACGACCUGACGGACACCACUCGAGCGGAUCUGUCACGAAAUCGCCUCUCAGAAAUUCCCAUAGAAGCAUGUCACUUCGUUUCUCUUGAGAAUCUCAAUUUAUACCAAAAUUGUAUUCGAUAUGUGCCAGAGGCAAUUCUAAACCUACAAGCGCUAACUUUCUUAAAUAUUAGUCGGAACCAACUGUCAACAUUGCCGGUACACUUGUGUGAGUUACCAUUAAAAGUUUUAAUUGCUAGUAAUAACAAAUUGGUCUCACUUCCAGAAGAAAUUGGACAUCUCAGACAUUUAAUGGAACUUGAUGUGAGCUGCAAUGAAAUUCAAACAAUACCUUCCCAAAUUGGUAAUUUGGAGGCCUUGAGAGACCUUAAUGUAAGAAGAAAUCACUUAGUACGUUUGCCUGAAGAACUAGCAGAGUUGCCUUUGAUAAGGUUAGACUUUUCCUGCAACAAAAUUACAACAAUUCCUGUCUGUUAUCGGAAUCUCAGGCACCUGCAGAUGAUCACCCUAGAUAACAAUCCACUGCAAUCUCCUCCUGCACAGAUAUGUAUAAAAGGCAAAAUCCACAUAUUUAAAUACCUGAACAUGCAGGCUUGUAAGAUUGCUCCAGAUCUGCCAGAUUAUGAUAGGAGACCCAUGGGUUUUGGCUCUUGCCAUGAAGAACUGUACUCAGGUCGUCCCUACGGAGCGCUUGAUUCGGGUUUCAACAGUGUUGACAGUGGUGAUAAGAGAUGGUCAGGGAAUGAACCUACAGAUGAAUUUUCAGAUCUGCCUCUUCGAGUAGCAGAAAUUACUAAAGAACAAAGACUACGAAGAGAAAGUCAAUACCAGGAGAAUCACAGCAGUUUAGUAGUAACAAAUGGUGGAGUGGAACAUGAUCUGGAUCAGAUCGACUAUAUUGACAGCUGUGCUGCGGAGGAAGACGAGGAUGAGGUGAGACCACACAAGGGCCUGGACUCAGACAGCCUCAGUUCUCAGUUUAUGGCAUAUAUUGAACAACGGCGAAUCUCUCAUGAGGGUUCACCAGUAAAGCCAAUACCCAUGAGGGAAUUUCAAAAAACAGAAGACAUGAGAAGAUACUCACAUCAAAAUAGAGUUCCAGCUGAGCCAUCUUCUCUCUUAUCACUAUCACCAAGUCACAAUCAGUUUUCACAGACAGACCUGGAACUUCAUCGGAGAAGAGAACAAUUAGUAGAACGUACUCGGAGAGAGGCACAACUUGCUGCCCUGCAGUAUGAGGAGGAGAAAAUAAGGACCAAGCAGAUUCAGAGAGAUGCUGUCCUGGACUUUGUCAAGCAAAAAGCAUCGCAAAGUCCACAAAAACAACACACCCCCUUAGUUGGUGAGUGUCCCUUCCCAUCCAGAAGGUCUCAGCACACUGAUGAUAGUGCCUUGUUAGUGUCGCUGUCAGGUGUGAAUCAAGUGGGUUAUGCUGCUACCCUGCCUCAUGCUUCUGCCUUCAGGCCUCUUCAGAAUGAUGACAGAUCUAAUGCUGUAUCAAAUUCACCUACAACAGAAACAGCUCAUCAUUCCUCUGCGUAUUCUUUUCCUGCUGCUGUCCAGAAAAACCAGCCCCAGCGCCCUGAAAGCUUCCUUUUCCGAGGAGCUGUCAGGACAGAAACAAAUAAAGGUCAUGCUUCACCCCUCCUUUCAUCUUCUGUACCAAGCACUGAUUUGAAAGAUCCAGUAACAAGACAGAAUUCAAGACAGAGAGAAGAAGAGCUAGAAUUAAUAGAUCAACUACGGAAACAUAUUGAGUACCGGUUGAAGGUAUCUCUGCCUUGUGAUCUUGGAGCAGCUCUAACCGAUGGUGUCGUUCUUUGCCAUUUAGCCAAUCAUGUGCGGCCUCGAUCUGUCCCAAGCAUUCACGUUCCCUCACCAGCUGUACCUAAAUUAACAAUGGCAAAAUGUAGACGAAAUGUGGAGAAUUUCCUAGAAGCUUGCAGAAAAAUCGGUGUACCUCAGGACAAUCUUUGUUCCCCUUCUGACAUCCUUCAGCUAAACCUCAGCGUAAAAAGAACUGUUGAAACACUACUUUCUCUUGGGGCACAUUCAGAAGAAUCCAGUUUUGUCUCUCUAUCUAUCCAGCUUUUGGGUUUUGUGGCAUUUUAUUGUACUUUAAUGUUAACUCUCUGUAUGCUUUAUUACUGGAUCUUCCCCCUCUAGCCGAAAGAGCGCAUUCCAGUGAUUUUUCCACCUCAUUCCUAUACUUGGUAAAGGAGGUUUGUUUAUCAUUCAAAAGUAUUUACAUAUGUGGUUUUUUUUUUUUCUGGCCAUCAAAGAGCUAAUCAAUAAAGUAGAUAAAUCCUGUCCUCUUGUGCCCAGAUGAGCAGUUCAUGACAUUAGGAAGCAUUUUUGAUGAUGCUGCUGCUAAGUCGCUUCAGUCAUGUCUGACUCUGUGCGACCCCAUAGACAGCAGCCCACCAGGCUCCCCCGUCCCUGGGAUUCUCCAGGCAAGAAUACUGGAGUGGGUUGCCAUUUCCUUCUCCAAUGCAUGAAAGUGAAAAGUGAAAGUGAAGUCCCUCAGUCGUGUCCUACUCUUAGCGACCCCAUGGACUGCAGCCUGCCAGGCUCCUCUGUCCAUGGGAUUUGCCAGGCAAGAGUACUGGAGCGGGAUGCCAUUGCCUUCUCCGCUCCUGGCCUGAGAGGCCUUGUUUCUCUCAUCAUGAAUGCUGAGCAGGUUCUACUAAUACAAUCGUGAGCCUGUUGU